AUGCAGGCUCCGAAUUUUCAUUUUAACGUCCCUCCAUUUCAAAGAACUCGGAGCGAAGCUGUGUAUCAGCGAGCUUUGAGACCACCGGCUCCAUUUCCUGCAAAAACGGGCAUGGACAUUGGAGGUUUGCUGAACGCAAGGAAUGCAGCGGCCGCUGACGCCGAGCUAAGACGUCAAUUACAGCAGUCAAUGCAGAUGGACGGCGGAGUAGCAUACGGCAUGAGCCAUAAUCAAGGCCCAACUAUGGCUCAUCAUCAACAACAUCCUAUGCAACAGCCCAACGGCUUGCCUUACGGUGCGAUGGGACAACCUCAGCACAAUCCUCAGUUAUACAAUCCAGGUUAUAUGCCUCGACAUGACGACCAAAAUGCGCUGGCGGACGACAACUUUGGCGCCAUGAGGCCUAAGAACGAAGGGACAGUCAAAGCAUUUCCUUGCAGCGUGUGCCAAAAAGGUUUUGCGAGACGAAGUGAUCUGGCAAGGCACGAACGGAUUCACACUGGCGUCAGACCUCAUGCUUGCGAUCACCCAGGCUGUGGCAAACAAUUUAUUCAGAGAUCCGCCUUGACCGUGCAUGCAAGAGUACAUACUGGAGAAAAACCACACAUGUGUGAACGAUGCGGCAAGCCCUUUUCCGACUCCAGCUCUCUUGCGCGACAUAGGAGAAUUCACUCUGGCAAAAGACCAUACAAGUGCCCCUAUGCAAAUUGCCAGAAGACCUUCACCAGACGGACGACUCUGACAAGGCAUCAAAGUCACCAUACAGGCACCAUUGAGCAAGCGGCAGCUGAAACUAACGCCAAACUAUCGACCACUCAACCUCAGAGCCAAUCCAUCUACGGGUCCACGUCUGGCUCGUCGAGAAACUCCACGGCGUCACCCGCCGAUAGGACGCUCUCAGUCUCGCCGAACUCUGAACUGCCUCCUAUGGCCAAUGGAAUGCAACGUCAAGGGUCAGACUACGGAUACCUUCCCCAAAGUCACGGCCUUCCUCCGCAUAUGCGAUCCGAUUUUCAGCAGAAUGCGUCCCGCUCAUCACCCUCUCUGAACGGUCAUACCCUCCAGAACUACACGAGCGCGCCUCAACAAAGACCAACCACGUCGCAUCCGACCACAUAUGGUCCACCCCAACCUUUGGAGCCUCCUGCCAAUGGAACUGGUAGUGGCAGCGCUUCCCCUCACUUGGGAGCAUUGGGAUGGGGCUCACCGAGUACUAGCACUCUACCUAAUCCACCGGCUAUGGACAAUUAUUCUUACCCCGAUGCGGGCUAUGCGAGUCAUCAACUCUACUAUCCGGGAAGCAGCAUUCGGAGGCCUCAGAGCACUGAGCCUGAAGACUAUGGAAUCCGCCCUCGCCAUCCUCACAUGGCCCAUCACGUGCCUCUUACGGCAGACUGGAGUGCGAUGCCACUGGCCGUUCAGGAUAACCGGCAAGAACGAUAUGUGAUGUAG